UGUUCAGACUCACUUCACAUCAAACAUAUUACCGCUGGCCACGCGGAAAAAGAGCCCGGCACAGACAAGCCGGUGCACAGGCGCGCGGAGCAGCGACUCCCCAGUCUUCUCCCAAAGGCGGGGGAGUUGACCUAACGCGCUUGCGCAACGAUGGAACGUUGGGGGAGGGGAGAAAAACUUUUCCCUUCAUUGUGAGAGAACCGCCCCGCCCAUCACACGGCGAACGCGCGCGCACACGCACCACUCUCACACUCGCACACGCGCUCGCGCUGAGCUUGCCGCCUAGUGCUCCGCGCAUGCGCCGGAAGGGGACCGGUGUCCUACCCUGCGGCAUUUUCGCGAGUUUCCCUGAGAAGUUUCUGGAAAGACGGAGCCCAAGGGAACCUGGGGGAUGGGGAGCGCAGAAAAGGGAGCGUUUGGGAGAGGAAAAUUUAAAAAAUCUGAAGUACACCGUCGCUGCCUUGCUUCCAUCCAUCAAGCCACAACCACAGCAAAGCCCAAGCCCACAAGACCUUCACGCCAGGGUGGAAAAGCAUGAGGACUGCAGCAGCUGCUCCUUCCUCUGCCCUGAGCCCGGGCAUUGCAGGGGGAGGGCAGGGGAGAAAGGUGAAAUGCAUAAAAAAUGCUCACUGGAUGUUUGUGGAGUGGAAGCUGACAUCCUUGCUUUGGAGCUGCCCUUGCACUCUUGGGCCACCAUGGCUCUUCGCUGCGCUCUCGAGUGUGGGCUCAGCGUGUUGGGAUUCGACGUGGCCACCGAAGGACGCGUGGGGCUUUGGCCUCCCUUCCAUAAUUUACCAUUACUUGGGGGCCUCUUUGAGCGCCCCCCCCCCUUGCCUGUAUUGACUUCGGCGACCUGGAGCUAGAGCUUUGAGCAGGGGAGACCCUAAGGAACAGGCGCUCCCUGCCUGCGAGGGGCCAAGGGGGCAUCGUGGGCGGGCAAGGGUCUCCUGGCAGGGUGUGUGGGGCUCAGUGUUUUGCAGCUUGCAAGCUCUUUGAGAGUCUCCAGCAGAAGGGGCCCUUUGGAAGCGUAGAGCCAGCGCAGGCACAAAGGCGCCCGGCUGUUUGGGCUCUAGGGUUGUCGGGCGGGGCGGCGUGGGAAGGCCAGGGUGUCUCCACGCGGCCACGGAGGCGCCCCAGUGCUCUGGGCUCCCAGGUGUCGUCAGAAGGGAGCUGGGGCUGGUAUUGCUGCGCUAGAGGGGAGGGGCCUGCGGCGGGCGCCUUUUAUUUCUCCUCCAGCUCUAACUGGGGGGGAUCAGCUCGGCUGCCAUUUUGUGGCGCGGCCGCCAUUUCGUGUGGCCGCGGGGGGCAGGGUGAUGGGGGAGGGGCGCGCUGCCGGCGGGGAGGGGCGGGGCCGGGCCGACGCGCAGGCUGCCCAAGGAGCGAAGGCGGGCGCGUCCCCUUUGUUCUUUGCCUUUGGGCUUGGGCUCUGCCGCGACCCGCCCCGGACACGCGCUGGGUGCACGCGGCGUGUGAACCUCGGAAAAGCACCGAGAGGCGUGCACGGAGUCUCAAAUCCUUUCUGCCUUCUAAGCCCUUCAAAAGUGGGACUUUUCGGGGAGAUUCCCCGGUGUGGUGCGUGGUGGCUUAAGGAUCCAGGGUUGCCGCUGGCUUGGGGGGCUGAUGUGGUGUAGGUUGCAGGGGAAGUUCCACAAUGCCACGGGGGCGCAGCCAAGAAAAUUUUAAAAAUGGGACUUCUCCCCGCCCCCCCUUGCAGUGUGAAAGGGAUUGAAUUUACGAGGCAGUGCUCAGACCUCAGGAGAGGGAAGCUAUAAUUUCACCCUGAGAGUGAAGGCGCUUUCUGCAGUAGUAAAGCCGGUGGCAUGCUAUGCCUUGAGCCACAGUGGCGUUCUGCAAAUAGAAGUUAAAAUGCAGAGCUGGGAGACCCAACAAUGGUGCUCAACGCCAGUGUGUGACCGAGAGGUCGGUCGCUUUAAAAAAAAAAAAAAGACUUUGAAGUGCUGUCAGCCCGUAGGAGAAGCCAGACAUUGCGUUUCAUUGGCUGGCUGUGAAGCACGCACUGCGCAACUAUUUUCAGAUCAGGUUUUAUAGCCCAUUAUUUAUAUCUGAGCUAUAAACUGGAACAAUAGAUUGGAAUAUGUUAUUUCUGCCUAUUGAGAACGUCUUCCAUUUGACUUCUUUUUAAAAAUCCCUUAUGAGGAUGUAAAUAAUGAAUUGACUCAAUAAAAUAUUAUGUGUCUUCCAGUGUCA